AACCUGCACGAAAUAGGAACCUGAUAGCUAAGAAAAGUGCAAAAGCAAAAAGCGUUCAAAACCCAUUUAGAAACAUCCACCAAAAGUCAAUAAAAAUAAAAUAAAGAAAAGUAAAACCAAAUGCCAAUUAAACGAAAUCUUUGUAGCUACCAUUUUGUUAUCAAGUGUUGUGUACGUGACAGUGUGUGUGUGUCUACCUAGAGUUAAAUUGAGCCCAACACAAAAAAAGAAACAGCGAAACCUCAAUCAAAAAACCCAAAUCCGUACCCUUAACAAAAAGUGCAUUUAAAACGAACAUAGAAUCUUUUAGCCAAAUAAAACCAAACCCAUAUUUAAAUUGUGUAUGUGCGGUGUGUUGGCCAUUUAUGUUAAUCAGCCCAGCAAACUGGCUAAAAUAGCAAAGCAAAGCAAAAGGUGUGAACCAACCACAACAACAACAACAGUAGCAUCGUCAGCGUCAGUUUAACCAAAGCCAAAAUCGAUAAAAUUGUUAAAAAUAAAUUCCAUCAUUAGAGGCGAGCGUAAUUUAUGCUCUGGCAAGGAAAUAACGUAAUUCGCUUAAUUGAAAACGCAAACACUGCCACAUAACGAGCUAACAUUCAAGUUGAUUGCAAACAAAACCACCGUUUCGAAAUCUAAAUCUAAAGAUAAAUACCAAAUGAGCAGCAUUUAAAAGGAGAACAUCCACAGCAGCCACUGUAGUAGCAGCCACUGUAGCAGUAACUAACUGGGUCAGUUAACGGCAGGCAGCUACUGUUGCCAAGUUUCUUCCUGCCACUCCUACCUUUCACCCUCUAGCAACAACUACAACUACUUCUCCUACUCCUCCGUCAGGGCAUCCUGACAAACACGGCCCUGGAAUAUGAACUCCUCAAGUGGUGACGAUGAGGCGCCCAAGGAUCCGCGAACCGGCGGCGAGGACUUUACUCAACAAUUUACAGAAAACGAUUUCGAGGGACAUCGUGCACACACCGUUUAUGUGGGCGUCCAUGUGCCCGGAGGACGGCGGCACUCGCAACGACGCCGCAAACAUCAUCACAGCGGCACAGGCUCUGCAGGAGUUGGAGCUGCUGCUGCGGUCAGUAGCAGCCUCGCUGGCUCGACCAGAGAUAGCAUCAGCGACAAGCAACAGGAAGUCGAGCGUCCAGCAACACCGCCCGCACAACGCGUACAAUUUAUACUGGGCGAAGACGUGGACGAUGGCUCGCAUGUAUCGCAUCCGCUGUUCUCCGAGAUGGGAAUGCUCGUAAAAGAGGGCGACGAGAUUGAAUGGAAGGAAACGGCACGCUGGAUCAAGUUCGAGGAGGAUGUCGAAGAGGGCGGCAAUCGCUGGUCCAAGCCACAUGUGGCCACACUCUCGCUGCACUCACUCUUUGAGCUCCGUGGCCUGCUGGCCAAUGGCAGCGUAAUGCUCGACAUGGAGGCAAAUAAUCUGGAAGUCGUUGCGGAUUUGGUUUGCGAUCAGAUGGUAAGCAGCGGCACAUUGCCCGCUGGCGUCAAGGAUAAGGUCAAGGAUGCACUGCUGCGACGUCAUCGUCAUCAACAUGAGUAUGCAAAGAAGACGCGACUGCCCAUCAUCAGAUCUCUGGCCGAUAUGCGCAAUCAAUCGUCAUCGAAAAUCGAAGAACAGUCUGGCAACGCUUUGCUGGCAACGACACCGUUAUCGCUAACAGCCAGCGAGCCUGGACCACCUGGCAACACUGGCAAUAAUGGCAGUUCCAAUGCCCUGGCGAUGGGAAUGGGUCGUUUUCUAACGGUACCCGGCAAGCCCAGCAACAGAGCGCUUGAGGAUAUGGUGAAGAGUCCCAGCAGUCAAUCGAUGGCCAGACAAACAAGCGGCACCGAACUUGCCGAGCAACAACACAAAGGCAACACGCACUUUAUGCGCAAGAUUCCCCCAGGCGCUGAGGCGAGCAACAUUUUGGUGGGAGAGGUCGACUUUCUGGAGCGUCAACUCUCCUGUUUCAUACGCCUGAGUCAGGCAGCAGUAAUGGGUGAUCUUACAGAGGUGCCAGUGCCAACAAGAUUCAUCUUCAUCUUGCUGGGUCCGCCUGGCAGUCAGAGCAAUUUCCAUGAGAUUGGACGCGCCAUGGCCACCUUGAUGUCCGAUGAGAUCUUCCAUGAGGUCGCCUAUCGUGCACGCAAGCGUGAUCAUCUGCUCGCCGGCGUGGAUGAGUUCUUGGAUGCGGUCACAGUAUUACCCCCAGGCGAAUGGGAUCCCACCAUACGUAUUGAGCCACCCGCUGCGAUUCCCUCGCAAGAGGUACGCAAGCGUCCGCCAGAAUUGCCCAAGGAGGAGAUCGACGAGGAGGAGGAGGAGCAGCGACUGCGCGAAGAGUCGGGUUUGUCACGUACUGGACGUCUCUUUGGUGGCCUCAUCAAUGAUUUUAAACGCAAGAUUCCAUGGUAUAUAAGUGAUUACAAGGAUGCACUUUCCAUGCAAUGUGUUGCCUCCUGGAUCUUUUUGUAUUUCGCUUGCUUGUCGCCCAUCAUUACCUUUGGUGGUCUCUUGUCGGAGGCGACGGGCAAGAAUAUGGCAGCAAUGGAAUCGCUGGUGUCUGGGUUUGUUUGCGGCAUGGGUUAUGGCUUCUUUUCCGGCCAGCCGUUGACAAUUUUGGGUUCCACCGGUCCAGUUCUGGUCUUUGAGUCCAUUGUGUAUGAGUUCUCCAUGGCACAAGGCUGGGACUAUAUGACAUUCCGGUUCUGGAUCGGCAUGUGGGUCGCCGUCAUUUGUGUCGUGCUGGUCGCAAUUGAUGCCAGCGCUUUAGUUUGUUAUAUCACACGCUUCACCGAGGAGAAUUUCGCCACAUUAAUUGCCGUGAUCUUUGUGUACAAAGCUAUCGAGAAUGUUGUUGUCAUUGGCAAAACUUUCCCAGUGAAUCAGGGGAUCUACGAUUGCAUCUGCACGCCGCCGUUGCAGAGCAAUGCGAGCGUCUUGGAGUUUGCCAAAUACAAAUGGGAUUCCUGUGAGUCCUACAAUGGCACGCUGGUUGGCCACGAUUGCGGCACACCGCCCACCGAGAACGUCUUCCUCAUGUCCGUGGUGCUUUGCACCGGCACCUUCAUCCUCUCCACAAUACUGAAGGAGUUCAAGAACGCUCUGUUCUUCCCCUCGAUUGUGCGACAGUAUAUCAGUGAUUUUAGCGUGCUUAUUGCCAUCUUUGCCAUGACCUUCUUUGACUAUUCACUGGGUGUGCCCACCCAGAAGCUGGAAGUGCCACACGAAUUGAAACCGACGCUUAGCACACGUGGUUGGCUGAUACCGCCAUUCACCGAGAAGAAUCCUUGGUGGUCACCCAUCAUUGCUGUCUUCCCUGCCAUGUUGGGCACCAUUCUCAUCUUUAUGGAUCAACAGAUUACAGCGGUGAUUGUCAAUCGUAAGGAAAACAAAUUGAAGAAGGGUUGCGGCUAUCAUUUGGAUCUGUUCGUGCUGUCUGGUCUGAUAGCCAUCUGCAGCAUGAUGGGACUUCCCUGGUUCGUGGCUGCCACCGUGCUGAGCAUUAAUCAUGUCAAUUCAUUGAAACUGGAGUCGGAGUGCAGUGCCCCUGGUGAGAAACCACAGUUUUUGGGUGUGCGCGAGCAGCGUGUGACACACAUCAUGAUCUUCCUAACGAUUGGUGGUUCCGUGCUGUUGACACCGCUGCUCGGAAACAUACCGAUGCCAGUCUUGUUUGGUGUCUUCUUGUACAUGGGCGUGGCCUCGCUCAAGGGUCUGCAAUUCUUCGAUCGCAUACUGAUUAUGUUCAUGCCAGCGAAAUAUCAGCCGGACUAUAUGUUCCUGCGUCAGGUGCCCAUCAAGCGCGUGCAUCUGUUUACGAUCAUUCAGUUGGCCUGCUUGAUCAUUUUGUGGCUGAUCAAGAGUUUCCCGCAGACCUCCAUUUUGUUCCCCCUGAUGUUGGUCGUCAUGAUUGGCAUUCGUAAGUCGCUGGACUUUGUGUUUACGCGACGCGAACUCAAGAUUUUGGAUGACAUUAUGCCGGAAAUGACGAAACGAGCGGCAGCAGAUGAUCUGCAUCAAUUGGACGCUGAGGACAAUCAUCAUCAGCCAGCCAGCUACAACAAUGGUGGCAACUCUGGCGGUGGUUCGGGUGCCACAACCAUUCACAUACCGUUAUCGGGCAACAAGCUGAGCAACAAUGGCAACGUUCCGGCUGCUGCCACGCCGCCUUUGGACGUUAAUCGCACUGCGGUCUGGCAGCAGAUCAACAAGGAUGGAACCUCCGAGCAACUGAUCAUACCCGUCACUGUCAAAGUUCGUCAAAUCAAUGGCAAUCAUUCCUCGACAAAUGCCGCCCUCUCGCCACGCCUAUCGCCCAUGCACGAGGCCGAUGAGUAUAUCGAAACGAAUAACAAGAUGACGGCAGCAGUCCCCACGAUGCCAACGACAACCCCAACGAAUCUGGCCAACAACUGUAAGGAGGCAUCUGGGAAAUUGGAUGCUGCCGCGGUUAACACACAGAACCCAGCCAACAUAACGCCAGUUUAAAGUGGGCAACCUUUAUACCAAAAGAAAAACAUAGAAACCAAAAACUUCACUAGAAAAUGUGUGCACAAAAUAAGUAGAUCAGAAUGGGGGACGCAAAAGAAUGUCGCAAAUACAUACCAGUAUCAUAAGUUAUGAUUCAUAACUAUAUAUAUAUAUACCACAUACAUAUAAAAUUAUAUACCCAUAUAUUCGUAGUGAAUUUUUGGACAGAAUUUGGUAAACAUUUUUUAGAUGUGCCAGUAGUCGCAUUUACCAAAUGCCUAAAUAUGAACGACAAGACAACUUAAAGAGUUACAUAACUUCGGCAUGUCGAAGCUUAAAAAUCCUAGCAGAGUGCAUAAAAUAGGAAAAAAAAAUUAAGAAGUAUGUAUUUUAAACAAGAAAUAUCUUCACUUUCCAAUUUACACGUGUUCUUAUUGUCCGAUUUCAUUUUUGCAAGAAUGAACAAAUAGCAAAUCGCAUAGCUUAAAAAUUAAAAGAGGUUUUUAAUAAUAAAAUCAAUAAUAAAACUACUGCCGGGAUAAUAAAUACAACUAAACGUAAAUAAUGUCAAAGAAUUUAGGCUCAGGUACAUGUUUUACAAGUAUUAUUUAUACUAUACUAAAUAAUAGUUGCAACUGCAUUCCAAAGAAUACAAAUAAUACAAAGAGAUAAUGUAUGUAUACACUUUUUUAAUGGAAUUUUAUAAAGUACGAUCCACAUUGUCAAUUCGAUACAAUAUGAAUCUUAGAGAGAAGUUUUUAUGUUUAAAAACUUUAAUUUCUUUUUUGCACUUUUGGCUCGUUUGAAUAUUGAUAUGGGUUGGGGAUAAGCUGUGAUCUUAUAGUAGUGUGAUGGGGUUUUAUGUUUAUGGUGUGCGAGUUUGUUGGGGGGGAAAAUAUAUGAAAGAGCCGUCUUAGCGAAUCUAGCCAAAGUCAGUAAAAUGAAGAAAUAAACAAGAAAACCAAACUGUAAACAAAUGUAUUAUAAUUUAUACAUUAUGCUAAGUUCGAAGUGAAACACACACACUCAUACACAGAAACAAUACAUUAAAGAUAUGCCUAUAAAAUAUUGAAUAAAAGUACAGAUUAAA